AUGUCCGAAGGGACCGACGCACCACUUUUUAGCACUGUAGACAUCGACAAUGAAAAUAGGGAGGACGAAGAUCUUUUUGCUUCAGCGGUUCAGGAAGUUAGCUUAGAUCCAGAGGUAAAUGGUACUCAUGAAAGCUUCGAAAAGACAACAAGUAGUGAUGUCUCAUCUACACCUGCAGUUGUUAGUAGUCCUAUCAUGGAAGAGAUUGCAACAGAACGUGCCAACAAUAUAAUAAUCACAGUAACGGAGCCGCAAAAAAUCGGAGAAGGCAUGAGCUCAUAUGUUGCUUACCAUGUCCUUACUAAAACAAACAUGCCUAUAUUUAGCAGACACGAGUUUACCGUGCUCAGACGUUUUAGCGACUUCUUAGGACUUCAUGAGAAAUUAACAGAGAAAUAUCUUAGAUCAGGUCGAAUAAUACCACCUGCACCGGAAAAAAGCAUUGUUGGCACAACAAAGAUGAAAAUGACUUCAACACCAUCAACAGAAAAUGCUAAUGGUUCAAACCCCUCGGCUAGUCUGCAUUCUCAGUUUGUUGAGAGACGUCGAGCAGCUCUCGAGCGAUUCUUAAAUCGUGUCGCUCAGCACCCAGUCCUCUGCAUUGAUCCGGACUUCAGAGAGUUCCUUGAGUCUGAUACAGAGCUACCAAAAGCCACCAGCACUUCUGCACUUAGCGGCGCGGGUAUGUUACGUCUUUUCAACAAAGUGGGUGAAACUGUCAACAAGAUCACAUACAGAAUGGAUGAAUCUGAUCCGUGGUUCGAGGAGCGGUGCGUGCGCGUGGAGGCGCUGGAGGCGCAGCUGCGGCGGCUGUGCGGCGCGUGCGAGGCGCUGGCGGGCGAGCGGCGCGAGCUGGCGGCGCGCUCGCACGACGCCGCGCGCGCCGCCGCCGCGCUCUCCGCCGCCGACCCGCACGCGCCGCUCUCGCGCGCGCUCUCGCACCUCGCCGACCUGCACGAGAAGAUUGAACAUUUAAGAGUGGAGCAGUCCAAUACAGACUUUUAUGUUCUAACCGAGCACAUCAAAGACUACCUUGGCCUGAUCGGUGCUAUUAAGGACGUCUUUCAUGAAAGAGUUAAGGUAUUCCAAAACUGGCAACACGCUCAAAUGCAACUGACAAAACGGAGAGAGAACAAGGCUAAAGCGGAACUUGCAAAUAGACCGGAGAAGAUUGAGCAAGCCUCCAAUGAAAUUAUUGAGUGGGAAGCGAAAGUGGAAAGAGGGCAGCAAGAAUUCGAUACCAUUUCCCGUGUCAUUAAAAAGGAAUUGGAGAGAUGGGAAGAAACGCGAGUAAGCGAAUUGCGAGCCACUAUUUUAAGAUACCUCGAGGAACACAUGAAACAUCAGGCUCAAUCGAUCCGUUACUGGGAUGCAUUUCUACCAGAAGCGCGCGCCAUCAAAUGA